CCGCCGCACUCGCCGCUACCAUGGUCUCGGGCAACAGUGGCCUAACAGCCGCCCGCCUGCUGUCGCGCAGCUUGCUCCAGUACUUGUGGAAGACCAAACAUUACCUAUAAAAAGAAGUAUUUUCUUUUAGAAAAUAUAUACUCUAGAAAUUUUGAUCUUAUCAUCUGGUCUUGUAAUUAAAUCUACAUUCUCGUCUGAAAACUCAUGACAGAUGGACCUUUUAUUGAAGAUUUUAUUGAACCUUUUAUUGAAGAUUCCAGGAGUGGGAGAGACUGGUGGAAUAGGGGAGGAAAGGCAAUAGUAAAGCUCUUGCAUAUUGUGGCUGUGGAAUCUAGGUGGAAGAACAGGGAGCAGGAAUGGACCCUGAGCACUGAAUGGGAUGGAGUCUGCUGCACAGCUCAGUGGGGUGCCACAGAAUGGAAUCCGGCAUUGUUCCUAUACAGCUUCACGGAAACAUCUCUAUAUUGAUAAAAACACGAAGGUUAUCUGCCAGGGUUUCACUGGUAAGCAGGGCACCUUUCAUAGCCAGCAGGCUUUGGACUAUGGCACCAAACUCGUUGGAGGAACCACUCCAGGGAAAGGAGGACAGACGCACCUGGGCUUACCAGUCUUCAAUACUGUGAAGGAGGCCAAAGAACAGACAGGAGCAACAGCUUCUGUCAUUUAUGUUCCUCCACCUUUUGCUGCCGCCGCCAUUAAUGAAGCUAUUGAGGCAGAAAUGCCACUGGUUGUGUGUAUUACUGAAGGUAUCCCACAGCAGGAUAUGGUACGUGUCAAGCACAGACUGCUGCGCCAGGGAACAACAAGGCUAAUUGGGCCAAACUGCCCUGGAGUCAUCAAUCCUGGAGAAUGCAAAAUUGGCAUAAUGCCUGGCCAUAUUCAUAAGAAAGGAAGAGUUGGUAUUGUGUCCAGAUCUGGCACCCUAACUUAUGAAGCGGUUCACCAAACAACACAAGUUGGAUUGGGGCAGUCUUUGUGCAUUGGUAUUGGAGGUGAUCCGUUUAAUGGAACAGAUUUUAUUGACUGCCUUGAAAUCUUUCUGAAAGACUCAUCCACAGAAGGCAUCAUAUUGAUUGGUGAAAUUGGUGGUAAUGCAGAAGAAAGUGCUGCAGACUAUUUGAAGCAACAUAAUUCAGGUCCAAAUGCCAAGCCUGUAGUGUCCUUCAUUGCUGGUUUAACUGCUCCUCCAGGCAGGAGGAUGGGUCAUGCUGGGGCGAUUAUUGCUGGAGGAAAAGGUGGAGCUAAAGAGAAGAUCUCCGCCCUGCAGAGUGCAGGAGUUGUGAUCAGCAUGUCACCUGCACAGCUGGGAACCACCAUCCACAAGGUGAGCUCCAACGGUGGCUGUGGAGUGCUCUGUCACAGGCCUUCUCAGUACAGAACCACUGUGGGUACCUAGAAACCAUAGCCUUUUUCUCAUUUUGAUGUGCAGCUUAACAGUCUUUAUCAACUCUCUUAAUGUCCUAAAGCCCUAAUUGGGCAUGAUCAAGAAUAGCAUUCAGAUUUAAACUUUCUUCUUUAAACAUAAGGAUUUAUUCUUUUGUUAAGUGGCAAUAUAGGACAUACAAAAAAGCAUCUUGGAGACCGAAAGUGUAAUUAUUUCCAUUUUAGGGGUAGGGAGAGGAUGUGCAGACAACUGCCUUGUGUUUUGUGUCUUGUUUUUUCCACAGAGGGCCUUUGGGAUAUAGCCACCCUGACCACAUAUGUUUCUGUUUUCAAGGGAGAGGAAUUGGGGGUUGAGUAACAAGAAAUAAAAACUGGAUGAAGCAGCUGGGGUGGAAGAUCUAAAGACAGUGGGAGGUUCCUUUAGUUUUUGACCCUGGCUGUUUGAAGCCGUUGUUAUUUACAGAUUGAAGGAGUGACUUCUUAACCUCCCUGCCUCCCUUUUUAACAGGACAUUGUGAGUUAAAGUAUUCUAAAACAUUUGAUGUCUUCCAUAAUCUCUUUGCAGUGAUUUUCAGUGUGAACGUUUAAGGCUUUUAGUCAAUCUUUAUUUUUAUGAUAGUUAUAGUCUUGACCAAAAAAGGAAAGAACAACAAAAAACCUGCUUAAGAAUGCUAAAAAGAAGCACCGAUUGUUUUGCUGGAAGGGAACAGCAUUCAGAGAGAAUUUGAAAAUUCUUUGCCCUUGUCGUAGGGAUAAUAAAAUGGGCUCCUUGUUUUAUUGAAUCUUUGCUUGAUCCUGUCUUUGGUAUAUAACAGUCUGUGUUGUAGUGUUUGUAAGAAAUCUGGAUGGUUAGUGAACAUGGAAGAAGAAUUUCAUUUGAAAGUGAGGUGGGGGAAGGAGAAAAGCAAAUGCUUAAGUUCACAUUGGAGAUGGGUGUUAACUGUUUUACUCCAGUAAGUGGCAGUAGGCAUCUACACAUUUUAUUCUAUUCUCUAAUUGUUAUAAGCUAGAAAAAUAUAAUUUUCUGUAUUGUUUCCUUAAACAAUAUGUUGUUGAAGGUAUUUGUUUAUUUCAGAUGUUUUUGAGGUUCUUGACACUUUGUUCAAAUCCUAUCUGAUCUGUAUGUAGUUUUAUACUCUGGAAACUAAGCAAACCUGUUUCUGUUGCCUUAUUAAAAGGGCUGAUUGUAGUUCUUGUAUAAGGCAUUAUAGGUUUGGACAAGCACAAUAAAGUCUGUCAACUCCUAAUAGUAAUAUUGCCAUGAGAAAAUAAGUAUUAUUUAAAACCUUUCUUUUAGCUUCUGGGAUUGGGAGACAAAGCUGAAACUCUGAAUCUAGCUUUCUUAAAUUCAAGCUGACAUGGACUAAUUUGAAAGCUGUCAUUUUGUGUUUGAGUGCCUUCAUCCUGGUAUAUUUUACUUCUGUAAUUUGGUUGUUCAACAGAUUCUACAGAUGAUAGGUUUCAGAGAUAUUUUGACCAGGAAUGUAAUUUGGAUUUUUAUCUUGUUUUUCCCUCUCACUUCUCCUUCUCUUCUGUUUCUGAAGGAAUUUGAAAAGAGGAAGAUGCUAUGAAAGAAAAAACAGUUUCCUAAAACUGUGGAAUGAAUCAUUAGACAUGUGAGCCAGCACUGGAUUGCUUCUGUUCAGUGAUUGACACCCUAUAUGCCUGCUGCUGGUCUUUCAGUACAAGGGGAAGCCAAAACAAGGUUGAGAAUGUCCUAUAUUGAGAUAUUUUCACUUUAUUAUAUAACAGAUGCAGCCAAUAAAUCUACUAUUUGAUUU